UAUCACAACAAAGUUGAGAUUCUUCAUUAAAGGAUACUCUUGUUUUGAAAGGUCGACAAAGGGAUGUGACGUUGUUUUAAAGCCUUUCACAAUUUUGAAGGAGCCUGACCUAUAAAGUCCAUUCAGUUGGGGGAUGGAAAAGGCUAAACAAGAUGCGUUUGAUAAUGCAAGACUUCAGGUGAUCAAAGAUGGCUACGACAGGGCUUUUGAGUGCAUCAAUGAAGGACUCACUGCAGAUGAAGCUGGAGACAAGACACGAGCCUUGGAGCUUUACAAGCAAGGCCGGAAACACCUUCUCAGGGCCAUCAGCGUGCCCUCACACGGGGAUGAGUGUGGUGGCAGCGCCUGGGAGUCAGCCAGACAGAUGCAGCAGAAGAUGGAGGAGACCCUGAACAACAUCACAACUCGCCUCGCCAUUCUAGAGACCAGCUCUGACCUCGAGUCUGCACCUACGGAGAGUUCUACUAGUGUUUCUGAUUGUAGUGAUCUGCCUACAAAUGGUCUUUACCCAAAGCUCCAGACCAAAGAGAAGCCAAAGAGGCCAAAUCCACCAAAUGUUGGUAAUGGACCACCUCUUGGAGCUGAAGGAGGCAUGGCUCCAAACCUACACCUUAUGUUUCCAACCCAAACACCUCCAGCUUACUCCCCCCAGGCAGCGGAGGGCCACACAUCCAUCUCUUAUGGAACAGAAUCAGGGGAGAUGUCGCUGGUUGGGGAUGAGUUCUACAAUAGUUCAGCCAUCUCUACACCUUCCACCCAGAGUCUAGGAGAAGAUGGAGAGGAGCUGAUUUACAUUCCUAAUGGUGUUCAGAUAUUCUUUGUCACUCCUGAUGGACAAGUAAGCGCUCCAUCAUACCCAGGUUUCCUACGAUUGGUGAGGUUUACAGAUGAUCGCUCUGAGGGAAUGCCCGAUCGCCCACCAGCAUUUCUGCAGGUGUGUGACUGGCUCUACCCUCUGAUGGCCGCAAACUCUCCGGUGCUGUUGUGUAACACGGGAGUGUUCAUGUUCCCGGACAUGAUGGCACAGGCUCCAGGCUUCUAUGUCGGGGUGGUGCUGUCCUCUGAGCUCCCAGAUGCACAGAGGGAACAGUUUCAGGAACUGCUGUCCCAGAUGACAGAUCUCAGGGUUCAGGCUCCAGAUGAAGCAGCAGAAGAAAUUAAUCUCAGUCAGAAAGUGCCUAUUGCUACACCCGAAGAGACGGCACCAGCACCAACCGAGAAGGAGGAAGAGAACGUUCUCCCUGAAUGGAGUGAAAAGGUGGCUAGUGGAAUCUUGACUGGGGCAUCCUGGUUGAGCUGGGGUCUGGUGAAAGGGGCAGCAUACACUGGCAAGGCUAUUCACAAAGGGGCAUCUAUGCUCAGAGAGCACAUCACACCAGAGGACAAGCCCACCCAAGUCAGCCCCACUGUCACCAAAAGCCUCCACGUGGCAAAACAGGCGACCGGUGGAGCUGUUAAAGUCAGCCAGUUUCUAGUGGAUGGUGUUUGUACAGUUGCUGGCUGUGUGGGCCGUGAGUUGGCGCCUCAUGUCAAAAAACAUGGAGGCAAGCUCAUCCCCGAGUCCAUGAAGAAGGACAAGGACGGGCGCUCAAACAUUGAUGGAGCGAUGGUUGUAGCUGCCAGUGGCGUUCAAGGAUUUGCGACCAUGUGGACCGGUUUGGAAUCGGCAGCCAAGGACAUUGCUUCAAGUGUUGCAGCAGAGACGGUCACCACCGUAAAACACAAAUUUAGGGGCCUAGAAAACGUCUUCGACACACCUAAUGAGAAGACGUGUAACUAACUAUACACUAGAGAUUUUACUAAUCACUUCAUUAAUCGCAUAUGAAUAAUUUAAUUCUCUGUUUUCUUAACAUUUUGCUUUGAGGAAAAAAUGCAUUACUUCCCUCCCUUCUGUGUUAAUUCACUACAUUCCUUUACUUUAACAGAAUUUAUUCUGACAUAAAUGUCCUAAUUUGGUAAUAAUUUAACUAUAACAUCUUUUCCUGCUUUAAUAACACGUUAUAUGCUCCGAUUUUAACGUAACAAAGUUGAUUCCAGCUGAUUCCAUUCUGCUGAAUCACCCAAAAAUAUUGAUUUUAAUGAAAUCUUCCUUAAAUAAACUUCUUUUGUUUCUGACUUGGUGGGAAAUCAACAUUCAGGAGGUCGUAGUUAUGGUUUCUAUGUCCAUGUGAAGAACAGAAAUGUGCAUCUUUUAAUUUUCUGGUCAUGCCUGCCUACUCUCAAACAUUAAUUGGACUUUGAAUUUUUACAAGUUUGUAUGCAAAUCCUGCACUUGCAUGACCCUCACAUGGAUAUUUCCUUUUCGGUGUCUUUUCAGUCCUAAAUCACUGCAUCUUUCUUUUGCUCUAACCUCUUACCCAAUCUGACUUCCAAGGUACGGGGCCGCAGCGGGACAGGCCACAGACCACGCUGUCAAUUCAGCCAUAAAUGUCGGCAUCACUGCCUUCAACAUUGACAACCUCGGGAUCAAAGCCGUGGUGAAAAGAACGGGCAAGCAAACGGCACAAGCCAUCCUGGAAGACUACAGGCUUCAGGAGAAACCAGAGAGCGGGAAGCAAGUAGAGAGUUUCAAGAAAUAGUGCUGUCUGACGGUGUUACCUCAGCUAUGCCUUAAGAAGGUUACUAAUACAAUAUUAAAGAGAGAGCUGUUUAUAAACAUCUUCUAUAUUACAAAUGGAACUGCUAUGAUUUGCAUAUCUUAAUUUAUACAGAUGAGCACUUUAAUCUUUGUGAUAUAGAACAGCAGGAUUUUAACGUGAUUGUAUAAAUCAAACCAAAAUAUCACUUUACUGUUAGAAGUAUUAUUUAGAUAUGACCAUUCAACAUGAAAGCCCCUAUAUUUAAAUCUGUUUAUUAAAAACGUAUAUAUUUUGAAUUACUCUUCAAUAACUGUCAUUCAUAAAUGUGUGUUUGUAAGUAAAUGACUAACCAAAACUAAAUAUUUUUUAUAAAUAUUUCUUCAAAUUUCAUCUUGUCUGAUAUGUUUGGUUGCUGUGCUGACUGUGCCUUUACACAAUAAACCAUUUUGGAAGUUUGUAAAUGUUUGUAUUCUGAAACUUUCUUCUGGAACAUUCCUGAUGAAGUCAGAAAAUGGUUGUUGGCUCUUUAGUCUAAAUGUCAGGUGUCUAAAAACAUGAAAUAUUUAUGUUCAGCUGCUAUACCUUCAAAUCUGUCUAAAUCUGAUGUGCUCUACACUAGCCAUGUACAAUGAAAUUUUCUCCUAAAUAAAGAUUUAUUUGAAGUAAACAUGAAAA